AUGAUUCUCACCCAGAAACCCGUUCACGCGAUGGGCCUCGCCGCCCCCAACCAUCACCGGCGACACCCGUCUGCGCCCCCCGCCGUUAUCGUUCAGCCCACCAAGACGCCCGGGCUCCUCAGUCUCUCGAAGCCGACACGCUCGACGUCGACAAAGCCUCAGGCCGCGCAACACCACAGCGGUUCCCGACAGCGUAUGCCCAAGGGCAGGCAAUCCCGCCUUACCGCCGCUGCCCCCGCAACCGAUGCGACGACCGUCACUGAGGAGAAAUCGGCGCCCGCACCUGCGCGCCCGACGACGCCUCAAGGUACCGUUACCCCCGAGAAGUCCCCUCGCGGCCGGCAGAAUGCCCUCAAGCAACCCAAGGACAAGAACCGCAGGAGCAACUCGGUCUCGCAGUCCAGGGCUCUGCCCCGCGGCAAGCCGCACCAUCAGGCGUCGCCUCCCGCGACCCAGUUCGCUCCCGAAGGGGAGGGAAAGAAGACCCGCCGCGGCGCUGCCCGCCAGGGCCCCUCGCAUGCGCCUCGGGACCCAAAUUCGAACUCUUUCGACCCGUUUUUGAGCAGCGCUUCGGACAAGUCGGACACGGAGGGGCAGAAGUCUAUCGUCGUCCGCACGGCGCCGAAGAUCACUCGCCCGAGCGGCAAGCUAGCUCGUCGUCGCCAGGCUGAGCCUCCUGUGGCCCCUUCGACGCCCUCUCCUUCGGCUCGCCCUAUCGCCGUGCCACGUCGCACCGGCAGCGUACAGCUCACGGGCUCUCAAGCGGCCGCUGCUGGCAUGCUCUCUCGCUCGGAGCCGCACGCGGCGUCCUCUGUCCCUCGUCCCGUGGCGCGCCGAUCUGUAACCACGGAGCCUGUCGCCAGCGCCGCUCCCGCUUUCCCCGUCUGCGACGAUACCACGGACGCCGAGGAUGACUCGGACGAUUUCCCGAACACCCCGCCACGUGACACCCGUGGGAGUGUUUCCGCAUGUACUUGGCAGCAGCAGGCGCUGUUCGACGAUGGCCCGCGCACCGCGCCGCUCUCGUCGACGGGCUUCAACCUCGCUUUCGUCACGCCCCCGCGUCCCCGGGUGCAUCAGCGCAACUCGAGCGAGGGCGUUUUCAACGUCGGCCUCGACGAGGAGCUCAGCGAUGACGCUAUGGUCUACGGCUUGACGCCCGCACCGCACUCGGUUCCGGCUAAGCCCUUCGGGAGGAAGUUUGCGAGCUCUCAGUUCCAGAACUCGCCCACCCCCGACACGGUCCCGGCGCCGCGUUUGCGGUUCUGA